CUCCAUUCUACAGCACAAGCCGGCCUUCUUCCUCUUCCCCUCUGCUGAGCUCAAUCCGCAAUCCACUCCUUCCUCCAAACCAAGCACCAAAUCAUCUCCACCAACCUCCUCAACCCUACCUUGCCGACGUCUGUCUUCCAAGGCAAUGAAGGAGUGCGACAGCUACGACUCCUGCAAGCGCCGCCGCAUAAUCCGGCGAAUUAUUUAUGCCAUCGUCCUCUUCAUAAUCCUCAUCCUCCUCGCAAUCCUCAUCGUCUGGCUCGUCCUCCGGCCCACCAAACCCCAAUUCUACUUACAAGACGCCAGGGUUCUCGGAUUCAACCUAUCCGCGCCAAAUCUCCUCUCCUCCACCAUCCAAAUCACCAUCUCCUCCCGAAACCCUAACGAAAGGGUCGGCAUCUACUACGAUCGUCUGGAUAUCUACGCAGCCUACAAGAAUCAGCAGAUCACUCCGGCAUACAGCAUCCCCGGCCUGUACCAAGGUCAUAAGGACAUCGACGUCUGGUCUCCUUAUCUCUCCGGGUCCUUCAUCCCCAUCGCCCCUUACCUCUGCACCUCCCUCACCCAGGACGAAGCGAACGGAUUCCUAUUCCUCUAUGUCAAAAUCGACGGCCGGCUUCGGUGGAAGGACGGGAGAAAUCUCGAGCAAGGUACUUUUUCCUUCUCUUCUCUGUUUCGUUUACCUGCUCGACACAUAUUGGAGAUGCUAAAAUAG